AUGGCUUCCGCCGAGCUCAUCGCGGCUCGCAAGGACAAGCGAAAGGCGCCUGCGCCGCCGAAGAAGGACGUGGCGCAAGCCGCGAAGGAGCCCACCGCGAGCAAGGGGGGGAAGAAGCCCCGCCAGCCAUCGUGGGAGGGUUUGCCCAUCUGCCCCGCCUGGAAGAAGGACGGCGCGUGCCACGCGUACCGGCAGCGCAGGUCGGUGGUGGUGGUGAACAAGCACCAUCGCCGCCAGCGCUCCCCGAGCGACGUCGACAUCCGGCGGGGCUCGCCGUUCGGAGUGCUCAAGCGCAUGUUGGCUGGGGAGCAAAUCCGGCUGGUGUGCGCAUGCGCGCCGAAGCGGUGCCAUGGCGACAUCAUCGCGGCACGUCUCCGCCGCAUGAUGAGAGAGAUUGUGGACUAG